AUGCUCGCCUCACUAUUGCGACCGAGGAAACCCCGUCAGCAUGUUCUUCGUUCUGCUUCACCUCAUGAGACAACACCGUUUUUCAGGCGCUUUCUGCGCGACGACGGUAGUCUCGCUCCAACAGAGCCAGACGACUAUCUAAAUGAACACGGUCAACCUGCAUAUGAAGGCGAAGAGACUGAGCCACGCGAUGACGACAGUGAUGAAGGACAUCUACUGCCUAUAUUCUCGUCGCCGCACUUGGAUCUCAUCCCUGUUUAUACUAUAACGCACUCCAUCCGGUAUCUAAUUAUAUCACGAUGCGAAACGAGUUUAACUUGGGAGCAGUUGCGGUCUCCACAAAUCUCUCAAUUCCUCCUGAAGCCGAUCCAGCAACAAGUACGGGAGUUUCAUUUCAAUCGAUCCACGCUAUAUGCAUUGAUGGCCAAUUGCCUUCAAUUCAACAAGGAAGCUGACCUUAAUCCUGGAAAUAGCGGCACCUCCCGAACAAGGGCGCAUGUCAGUGAGCUUCUGGCCAUCAAGAUCCUCAAAGAAUACACAACACGAGAGUUGAUUGAUGCCCUCUCCUACGACUUCUAUCCUCUUCAGGGACAAACUCCCAUUUCUGCCGAGAAUUUGCGCGCUUCAACCUGGAAUCAAGGCCAAAAUGCUACCGGAGCCACACGAAUUUCGUGCCUGGAAAUUGCGAUUCGAGCCCAGGCUAAACGUUUCAUAGCCCACCCGCUGGUCGUUCAGCACCUAGAGGCCAUAUGGGCCGGUACCAUUGUCUUUCACUCGGCUGCCGACAACUUACAUCGUUUGAACGUAGCCGCGGCUAGUAGUUACGGUGUCUCGCGCUAUGGACCUACAAAUGAAUCAAGCACCCAGUAUGGCAAAAGGAGACAAGCUCCUCAGUCGGAGGAACAUCCCCGGAGAGCUGUAACGCUUUACGACCCAAGAGAUGCUUCACUAUUCAAACUAUCUCGACUACGUGUACCGCGUUAUCGGCACUUCCUUUCAACGCUCUCGUUCGCAGUUCUAUUAAGUCUUUACCUUGCCGUUCUUAUCGAAAGAUCAUUGCACAUCACGACAGUUGAGGUUGUCUUCUGGUUAUGGGCUGCCGGCUUUAUGCUGGACGAGAUUGUCGGCUUCAACGAACAGGGCUUCAGCCUUUAUCUUAUGAGCUUCUGGAAUUUAUUCGACUUGGGGAUCUUGUUGCUGCUUUUCUGCUAUUCGAUACUUCGUUUAUAUGUAAUGGGCUUGCCUGACGUUCGACAACGGGCGGCGGCCAACCAAGCAUAUGAUAUAUUGUCUGCCGGGGCUGUUUUGCUAUUCCCACGACUUUUCUCGGUUCUCGACCAUUACAAGUAUUUCUCGCAACUGCUCAUCGCGUUCCGGAUCAUGGCCGCUGACCUCAUGGCUGUGUUCCUUUUGAUUGUUGUUGCCUGUAGCGGAUUUCUAGUCGCAUUCUCCUUUUCUUCUGCGUCGUCCCAAUCGCCUCAAGAAGUCAUUUACGCGCUUUUCCAGAUAUUGAUGGGGUUCACUCCCACGGCUUGGAGCCUUUGGGAGGAAUACGAUGCUCUUGGUCGGUUCAUUCUGACGAUAUUUCUCUUCAUUUGCCACUUUGUGGUCGUUACGAUCUUGAUCACAGUUCUGACCAAUUCUUUCAUGUCUAUCGUGAAGAAUGCACAUGAAGAGCAUCAGUUUCUGUUUGCAAUCAAUACCAUUUCCAUGGUCAAGUCGGAUGCACUGUUCUCCUAUGUGGCUCCCUCCAAUAUCCUCGGCUGGAUGUUGACUCCGCUGCGCUACCUCAUUCCGCUUCGCGAGUUUGUCAAGCUCAAUCGUACUAUGAUCAAGUUUACGCACUUCCCUAUCUUGUGGUCCAUCUGCUUGUAUGAGAAAAUGAUAUUGAGUUCGAGUAUCAUCGACCCUACCGAGCUGAUAGAAGGCAACAGUCGUCUGAGCGGCCGAUCAACAGCGGUAUUACGUGCAAGGAACGACCGCCAGAGUCGGUUUGAGACUUUCCACCGUCUCACACGGGAACCAUCAAUUGCCACGUAUCAACAGGAUCGUGUUUUAGAAGAGCUUUUCCGGCGGCCUUUCCGUCAGCAAUCUAUGCAAGACGUCAAUGAAAGUCCGGAUGGACGCCGCAAAUCGGCAAUGGUAGCGAAUUGGAUGCAAGGCAUGUCAACAAUCGAGGAGCAGACGCCAAGGCCACCCAGUACUCUGCGUAGGAUGGUUUCGCCACAACACCGCAACUAUACAGAAACUAGUCGAUCUUUUGUCGCUUCUGACCCGGAGGAAUUUACAAACUACGGAGGCCUCCAUCCGGUGCCCGAACAUCCCACUGUAAACAAUACCCAACCCCGUCUAGGAAGGCAUGCUUCCCAUACGACAGAUGUGGAAGGAGAUGACGAGAAGUCCAGUGAUGAAAAUCAUGAUGACGAGUCAGACGAGGAUCGAGGAGAUUCGAUAUCUGACUCGCAAAACGCGAGUCAAACCGCCCGACCCAGCAGCAAGUCUACACCUAAAUUCUUCAGCUCUCGACCUUCCACCGCAGUGUACAAUUCUCGCAAAAAUAGCCCAACUCGACACCGUCCCGCGUCGAGCCACCUACAUACUCGUAAUAUCUCUAGUGUGACCAUCUUACACAAUCAUCCCGGUGACGCCGACGACAGUACGGACGAUGCCAUGCCCGGUCCAUCUUCUGCUGCAUCCCCCUUGAAGGGGUUAGAGACAGAGAGACCGGCUCUCCCUCAACGAACAAGCUUCAUGCCAGUUCCCAACUUCAACCGUAUUGGUUCUGAUAUGGGCAACGUGGGUGCUUUGCCAUCGAGCUUGGCCACCCAGAUCGCGACUGAUAAUGAUGUCCUUGGACGACUGGUUCUAGCCCGUAUGCAGAAUAUAGAGGCUGGGUUUCGGGAGGUGUUGAAGGAGGUCAAGGAUUUACGCGGUAAACUGGUUCGAGAGUCUAGACACUCGGGUCGUAAGAGUGGUGGCGAUGAUCUUAACUGA